AUGGGGUGCAGGUGCUGUAAAAUGCUACAAAGCUAUCUCUUCGAUCCAGUUCAAGUGCCCUCCCCUGGUUACGUCAACGAAGUAAACAGCUGCAAGUUAGAUGAAGACGAUGCCGUUAAGUUAAAAGGCAAACAGAGCCUCGAAGUGUUGGUACACAAGGAUGACCCUCCGAGCGAGAGCUCCAAGAGGACCGCGAGCAGGACCCAAACGGCUGCUCCGCAGGAGCCCUGCGGGCCGCCCCAAGGACCGCUUCUCCCGGGGGACACGGCGGGGGGACCCUGCGCUGAGAAGACUGGCGGGGCCGUCAAUGGCCUCGGCCCCGCUGCGCAGCUCGCUGGCGAUCCCGGGUGCCCCCAGGGGGACAGGGGCUCCUGGGCCAGUGCCACAAACAAGGGUCACACGACUCGGCCCUUCCUUGAAGGAGGAAGUGCCAGGCAACCGGACUGCGUGCUGCUGGCUUCAGGAGAGACCCGUGUCAUCGGAAAUGGCGACUCCAGCACGUCUUGCGCGGCAGGGCACCCCGCCUGGGAAGUCCCAGACCACGUCCUCCACAUACCCGCCCCGGAUUACCCUCCGCUGUGGGGCUCAGCCGACGACGACGCUGAUCACGUUGAUCGCGAAGAAAAGGACUGCCUUUUCAAGAGUCACACGGAGGAGCAGCCCCGGCAGGGCGCUCACCCCGGGGCGGGGGAGCGUGGUUUCAAUAUGCCCUUCUCGGUGAAGAGGAGCUGGGAUUCGUUAAACGAGGCCGUGGCAACUGAAGUUCUAAGUGUGUACUUUAAAGAAGAGGAUCCUGCUCAGGACGUGCCUGUGGUCGAUUCGAGAAACGGGUGGGAGGAGACCCAGGGCUCCCCUGGAGAUGCGAGUGGGGAGAUGGCGGAUGAGGACGCGGAGGUGGCCGAAGCCCUGGCCGCUUUAGAGGCAGCUACUGCGGGAGAAGAUGUGGAUGAGGCAGAGUAG